GUACGCAAAUCUACGAUAUUAAAACAUUUGCAGUGUUGCACAGAAAAAAUCAGCAUUUAAAACGAGAUUUCAAAUUAUUUGCAAGCUAAAAAAAAUUAACAAUUUAAAGAAAAGAUAAAUGCUGUCAUUUUGCUUAAUCCACUCUUAAUUUUGUAGUGUAAACGAAUUUAUUAUGAAUGCCAAGGACAGAAAAAAGAAGAAGGUAAAAGCACCAUUAGUAUCUAAAAAACGUGCCAAAUAUGAUGAUAGAAAGAUACCUAAGCAAAAAUUUGAACGUGCAUUUAAAUUAUUGCAAGAAUCUAACAAUGAGUUUUGGAAUGAUGAAAAUGAUGCCUGUGCUGUAGGUAUACAUCGUGUCAGUGAAACAGAAGCACUAAUCUCAACAGGUGCAGAAUCUUCAAAACUUAAGCAUGCGAGAACCUGCUUACUACGAAGAGAUUGGAGAAAUUUGGCUAAAGUCCUGACGAUUACAAAUCCAACUGGUGAUCAAACAAACACCUAUCUUUAUCCGCUAUGUAUCAAGUACGGCUUCAUAUGUUUGGCCCACGGCAACACAGACGUUUUAAGAUCUUAUUCCAAGGUACUCUUAGGAAAUGAAAAUAUUGAAGACAUACUCGAACGGUGUACUCAAAUAGAAAACAAUAAACCUAACAUGAAGGAAGAUGAUUUAGAUGAUACAGCAUUGACAACAGAUUCAAUUAAUGAUUGAAAGAUUUGUUUAUAUAAAAAUUAUUAAAAUAUAUGUAUAUAUAAUAGGACAAACAAA